UAUCCUUUCAGUAUUAAAUACUUUGUCCCCUUGAAGGUUAUUUGAGGCACCUGUAUAUUAAAAUAUAAUAAUUUACUUAUGCUUUUUAUCUUUUCAGGUAUUUCUAAUGUUCACAUUUUGAGUCGAUAUAACAAUCCCAUGUAGUGAAAUGUAGGGACAAGUAAAGUACCAGCAGCUCCUAUUUGGCGGAAUCUAAAGGAAUUAAAAGAUGAGCCCAAUAACAAGAGCAAAUAAAAGCAAAGGACAAAUAUGCUCAGCAUUAGCGAAUGCUUUUGAAAACUUGAACACUAAGAGCUUUGGUGCUUUAAUACACAAACUUUUCUAUCAACCGCCACCUAAGGACUGUAAUAGAAUCCCACGGAAUGAACUGGAGAAUGCUGAUGCAAAUAAGCUGGCAGAUUUGUUCAUUAGAUACAACACCACUAAGAAGGCUGGACAGUUUGCUGUAGAAUUGUUGGCAGAUAUCAAUGAGAAGCAGCUGAGUAAAGAACUUGAAGAAGCCCUUAUAGAAGUUGAGAAUUUGACUUAUAAAGAAGACAUGAUGACACAGACAAGCCCAAGUUUGCACAAUUCAAGUACAGUUCAAGAUGAAAAUCCUGCUACUGACUGGGAGUCUACAGAUCCAGUUAAAGUUUGGAAAAAGAGUGAGAAAACUCCUGGAAAACAAGGGAAUACAAAAUAUUCUCAUUUAGUAACUAUAACUCAGAGCCACAAACGCCACAAGAGUGAAAGACAAGAUAAAGAAAGUGGACAUUUUCCUAAGAAAAAACAAACCACAAAUAUAAGCUUUGAGUCUUUGCUCUGUAAUGAGAAUCCUUUAUAUGAGGAAACAGUGACACAAAUUAAAAUAAGCAGUUGUGGUAGCAAUCUGGAGAAUCCAGUAGAGGGCACCUCUCAUCCUCAAAUUUCCACGGUUCAUAUUAACCCCAAAGAAGGAACAGCAAUACAUCACUUUCAAGAAACAAAACCUUCAACAGUUUGUUCCAACGGAUCAACAGAGGAAAUGUUAGACAAUCCAGCAGAGCCCACCUCACAGUCACUGGUUUCUGUAAAACAUAAAACUCUGCAACAAGCAAACACUGAAUUGUCUCAGAACUGCCUCACAUUUGCACCUGCACCAACAAACGUUGCCAUAACUUCCCCUUCACCAAGCAGAUCUGUACCUGUCAGGCAAGACAACAAUACUGGAGCUUUAACAGAACGUACCAACCAACCUGAUGUCAACCAUACUGCUCCAAGAGGGAGGACACUACCGGACAUUAAACUUCAGGCUCUGAAGAAACUUGAUCUUCAAAUUAUGGAGGAACACCACAAUGGCAAACCACAUGUCUAUGCCAAGCUUUUAUUUCAGCACUUUGUACAAUUUGAGACAUACAAAACAUGGACCCAAAAUACUAACUUUGAUGGAUAUAGAGGGAAAAAUGCCAUUCCAAAAAACUUGCGGGUUGCUAUCCGAAAACAGGUUCGGAAAAGGUUUCAGUUGACUAAAAAGGAUUGUGUAGAAAUAAAACGAACAAUUAAUGGUCUUUUGGCAAAGCCAAGAACUUCAGGUUGGCCUUUUCACAUCUAGCCAACUUGCUCUUAAAAACAAAUGGGCGUGGGGUCUUUUUCCUGGUUUUUCUUGGGCAAGUAAGUAAGUGCUUCUGGAAUGGCAAUUCUAGCAAAUGUAGUCUUUUAUUUUACAGAAGCCACAAAAAGGGGCAGUAUAAAUUACAAAUCCCAUGUACAUUCAUUGUAUUCUGUAUUGCUUUUAAUUUGUACAUAAAGAUGUAAUUUCUUCUCUUGA